AUGCUGGCUGUUCUGCUUGUGCGGGCCUUCAGAGAACAACUGAAGGCGCAGCAGCAGCAGCAGCAGCAGCAACAGCAGCAGCGGCAGCAGCAGCAACAGCAGCAGCCGCAACAGCAGCAGCAAGAAUUGACCCAGCAGCAGAACCGAGUCACACACCAGGUUGUUAAUAUGCAGCAGCAGCAGCAGCAGCAAUAUCAAUCAGGCUGCAGCAGCAGCUGCUGCUGCAGCAGCAACUCCCCUUUACCGCUGCAGCAGGAACAUCAGCUGCCAGCUGCUGGGGUGUUGCACUCCUCAGGAGUACUAAGAGCAGCAGCAGCAGCUGCUGCUGCUGCUGCUGCAGCUACCAGGGGGGCUAAGCCCACCGAAACUAGCUGGGGGGGGUUGCAGCAGGAGGAGCCAAUGGCUCAGCAGCAGCAGCAGCAGCAGCAGCAGCAACAGCAGCAGCAGCAGCAGCAGCAGCAGGAGCCUGAAUGCAUGCAGGAGGACGUAUUCCUAUUAAAACCGAUAUCUGCUGCUGCUGCUGCUGCUGCUGCUGCUCUCCCGCCUCUUCGCCUGCUGCUGCAGCAGCAGCAGCAGCAGCAGCAACAGCAGCAACAGCAGCGUGCGGUGUCAGUGAACCAGCAGCAGACCACUGGUCCAUCCGCAGCAUCUCAACCACUACUGGGGGCCUCAGGGGCCUCCACUGCCCCCUAG